AUGUUUAUAAAUGGAAGGGCUCUGUAAGAACCGCCCCGGGAGCCAAGGAAAACUCAACGCGGCGCGGGGACGCUAGCUGCCCUAGCCCGGCCCCCAGCUUUCGGCUCCAUCCGGCCCCACUUCCGCCUGGCGAGCCUCGCUGAGCGUCGCUGCCGUAAGUUAGGCCGGUGUUUUGCCGCAUCACGGAAGAUGGCGACGGCGGCGGUGAAUGGGGCGCCGGGCGUCUCGGGCUCGGGGCCCGCGGCGGCUUCUGGCGCGGUGUUGCAGGCUGCAGCCGGCAUGUACGAGCAACUCAAGGGCGAGUGGAACCGUAAAAGUCCCAACCUUAGCAAGUGCGGAGAAGAGCUAGGCCGCCUCAAGCUGGUUUUACUGGAGCUCAACUUUCUGCCCACAACAGGGACGAAGCUGACUAAACAGCAGCUCAUUCUGGCCCGUGACAUACUGGAGAUCGGAGCACAGUGGAGCAUCCUACGCAAGGACAUCCCUUCCUUCGAGCGCUACAUGGCCCAGCUCAAGUGUUACUACUUUGAUUACAAGGAGCAGCUCCCUGAGUCAGCUUACAUGCACCAGCUCUUGGGCCUCAACCUCCUCUUCCUGCUCUCCCAGAACCGGGUAGCCGAGUUUCACACAGAGUUGGAACGGCUUCCUGCCAAGGACAUCCAGACCAAUGUCUACAUCAAGCACCCUGUGUCUCUUGAACAAUAUCUGAUGGAAGGCAGCUACAACAAGGUGUUCCUGGCCAAAGGCAACAUCCCUGCUGAGAGCUACACCUUCUUCAUCGACAUCUUGCUUGACACUAUCCGGGAUGAGAUUGCUGGGUGCAUCGAGAAGGCUUAUGAGAAAAUCCUCUUCACCGAGGCUACCCGGAUCCUGUUCUUCACUACACCUAAGAAGAUGACAGACUACGCCAAGAAGCGUGGGUGGGUCCUGGGCCCCAGCAACUACUACAGCUUUGCCAGCCAGCAGCAAAAACCAGAGGACACCACCAUCCCCUCCACAGAGCUAGCCAAACAAGUCAUCGAGUACGCCCGGCAGCUGGAGAUGAUUGUCUGAGUCCACUGGGCAUUAGAGGGGUGGGUGGGGCACCCAUUAUUUAAAGCUGUAUGGUGCAUCUUUUUUCCAAUAAAGAUGGAUUGACAGUCUUUCU